GAACUCGCCCGGCCCGCCCGCCAUCGUCGAGCGCACCGCGGCCGUUGCGGCAUUCGGUCAGCCUCAGCAGUAUGGCUUCAGCUGCCGGUACGCGUACGUUAGUGGUGUUCCGUGGCGUUGCACCGCGUUCUCGGUCGCGGGUGUGCGUGCUCUGUUUCGUGAGAGAGAGGAGGUACGCGGUUUGCGGUUAGGGAGACGUGUCAUCGGGCAUCGGUCGGCCGGACGUGGAACGCCAAACAAGUGCGAGCCGGAGGCAGUCAUGCGGCGGAAUGUCAAGAUCGCAUUGCUCCUGUCAUGCGCGUGGAUGUUCGCCUUUGUUUACUAUUACCACACCAGGGAUAGCAAGCAGAACGAGAACAGAGCUCUACGGUUGAAAGAGCCAGCAUCCCUGGCGCUUUCCGCCGGCGGAAAUUCCGGUUACAUGGAUCCAGACGGCACGGCCAUUGUAAUGUCAUCCGAGCUUCUGCCGGCACCGACGCCGGAUCCGAGAGUGACGUGGAAUUACUUUGACGAACAGGGGUACGUUUCAAGAGGUGGUCUACGUGCGGGCGAGGACCCAUACGCCAGGAAUAAAUUCAAUCAGGAAGCCUCUGACGGUCUUCCGAGCAAUCGUGAUAUACCUGAUACUCGUAGCGCCAUGUGUAGGAUGAAACAAUGGAGACAGGAUCUGCCACCGACUUCCGUUAUAAUUACUUUCCACAACGAGGCACGGUCUACACUACUCAGAACUGUCGUCAGUGUGCUGAACAGAAGUCCCGAACAUCUAAUCAAGGAAAUCAUUUUGGUAGAUGAUUUUAGUGACCAUCCUGAAGAUGGCGAGGAGUUAUCGCGGAUCCACAAAGUUCGUGUAAUAAGAAACGAGAAGAGAGAGGGCCUAAUGAGAUCGCGUGUCCGCGGCGCGGAUGCUGCCACCGCGAGCGUGUUAACAUUUUUAGAUUCGCACUGUGAGUGCAACGCCGACUGGCUCGAACCGCUCUUGGAAAGGGUGGCCGAGGAUCCAACGAGGGUAGUGUGCCCUGUGAUCGAUGUAAUCAGCAUGGAUACUUUCCAAUAUAUCGGAGCUUCCGCUGAUCUUAGAGGUGGUUUCGAUUGGAGUUUGGUCUUUAAAUGGGAAUAUCUCAGCCAAGCGGAACGACAGGCGAGACAAAAGGAUCCGACACAGGCCAUUAGGACCCCUAUGAUUGCCGGCGGACUGUUUGUCAUCAACAAAGCGUACUUCGAGAAACUCGGCAAAUACGAUACUCAGAUGGACGUUUGGGGCGGCGAAAAUCUCGAAAUAUCGUUCCGCGUGUGGCAAUGCGGUGGCAGCUUGGAGAUUAUCCCAUGCUCACGUGUGGGCCAUGUAUUCCGUAAACGUCAUCCUUACUCGUUCCCCGGAGGCAGCGGAAACGUGUUCGCCCGAAACACGAGGCGCGCCGCCGAAGUAUGGAUGGACGACUACAAGCAAUUCUACUACAAUGCCGUACCACUAGCACGAAACAUCCCUUAUGGAAACAUCCAAGAUAGAAUGGAAUUAAAACGGCGACUGCACUGCAAGCCUUUCAGUUGGUAUCUGAAGAACGUAUACCCCGAAUUAGUUAUACCUACGAGCGAGGGUGGACCGGGAGGAUCUCUGAAACAGGGUACUGCUUGCUUGGACAGCAUGGGUCACCUUCUCGAUGGAAACGUCGGUCUUUAUCCCUGCCACGACACUGGUGGUAACCAGGAAUGGGGCCUCACGAAAGACGGCCUGAUCAAGCAUCAUGAUCUCUGCCUGACUUUACCAGUAUAUGCCAAGGGUACGACGCUGCUGAUGCAGAUCUGCGACGGCAACGAGAAUCAAAAGUGGCGGCACUUGGAGGGCGGCCUGAUACGCCACACCAGAAUUCCCGUGUGCGUGGACUCUCGAUAUCACGCGCAGCGUGGCAUUACGGCAGAGAAAUGCGACUCGAACGCAGAGACGCAGAGGUGGCAUCUCUACAACCACAAUCACUAGCUGAUAUGGUUGCGGUGAACACGCCAUUCACCCGCGGACUCUCUCUUAUCGCCACGCGCCACGACGUGAUCACCGUAUAACGAGGACGAUCGCGUCAAGGUGCAUUACUUAAUUAAGAACUGUCUACGCGCGGCCGGAUCGAUCGAUUCGAGCUUAAUGUAGACCGACGUAUCUUCGUGACCGUAAUCAUGGUUCUUCACGAUCUCUUACACGGUAUCAACAAAGAACCCCAUCUUGUACCACAAUAAUGUGUAAGCUCGCGAGUUCCCAAUGUAGCCUGACUUAUAAAGAAACGGAUGGUUUUAUAUUUGGGUAAAAAAAAAUCUAAGGAAAAUUUCAUCCAAUAAUGUUACAAAAAGUGAUACACACAUCUCACAAACUAAAACGAAAUAGUCUCGCAAAAGAAAGUGAAAAUGGUUUUAAGACUGCUUGGCAUAUGUGACUCUAAUCAACAAACUUUAGUUUCUACAUUCAUAAGAGAAUUCUAACGCUUCCAAUCAUUUCCUUAGGCACUAGAUUAUUCUACUUUUACAAUGACAAAAGAUUAACCUGAUAGGUUGACGUCUCGCAAUCGAUGUGUGAUAAGUGUAAAAUUAUUUAUAAUAAAGUAAUAUAUACAUAUAAAAAUAUGGAAGCGCGUGUAUGAGUGGUGAUCCAAGUGAAAGUUGAGUACUGAUUUUGUACUGCAAUCCGAUUAUCAAUUCACAAAUUGUAAAUUGAUUAGGCUGCAAUACCGAACUUCAUACAAUUAGUGCAAUUGAUUUAACAAGUAAAAAUUAUUACAUUGUUAAAAUAUUCUUAACACUUAACAUUUAAUACACAUUUAAUAUUUAUAACUUCGAAAAAAUUUAUAGAUUAAUCACUAAUUUUCGAGGUUCAAAGUAUGAAAAAUUGAAUUUGUAUAUUAACAAAGAAAUAAUUAAGAGUGCAUAUGCGAUAAAAUACUUAUGUACUUUGUAAUUGCCAGAUUUAUUUCUUUGAAAAAAUGUAUUGAAAUAAGGAUUGAAAGAAACAUAAAAUGCUGCUGUAUGCGAACGAUAAUGUUUCAAUUCAACAAAAUGCUUUUUUUCAAUCUUGAAAUACAUAAGCACUUGCUAAUAAAAAUUCAAUUCAAUUCAAUUUGUAUAAAGAACUAAUUUUGAAAAUUGAAGAGACAGAUCAAAAUUAAAUCUAUAAGAUAUUAAUAAUGCUUCCAAUGGAAUAUAGCUAGUAAAACUUAAUCUUUAAGAAAAGAUUGCUAUAAAAAUAAAAUUGAAUUCUUUUUUUAAAUGUAAUCGGAAAAUUGACGAAACGAAAAAUAGAGAAUUAAAACCCGAGAAUUCUAAAUGCCCAUUUUGCCAUUUUGAAAUAGGCAUCCCUCUUACAGCACAUAAUCUAAACUGAUGAUUCGUCUCCAUUUAUAUGUUUUUAUUAAAUCCAUAAAAAGAUUUAAUGAAGUCAAUACCAAGUCAUUUUUUAGUACGGGUACAUAUUUGAGUGUCCAAAUGACAAGCAGCUCAUCUUUUUUUUAUAUAUUUAUUUAUAAUUUUUUAAAAUGAAUAAGCCAAAGCUUUUACACUUGGCACUAUUUGUUUUAGGUAAUCAAUAGUGUUAUAUUACAAUAUACCAUUUUGAGAUUACGCUUUUAUGCAAACAAUCGCGGAGAAGCUUUUUGUUAUUUAUUCGAAUUAAGAACAUGCAAAAUUUAUUAUAAUGUAAUUAUAUUAAUUUUUUAUUAAUUUUAAUUUUAUUAUGUUUUAAUGAAUACACACAUACGUAUGUAUAUAAUUUAAUUUAAAGACUUUUCAAUAAAGUAUAUAUAAUUUUCACAUCUUUUUAAAGACUUUGACAAGACUUCUGUAAUUAUAUACUGAAACACAGGCGCAAUAAGCUUCUCGGUGACUGCCAAUUGCUAUUUUGAUUGGGCCCAAAAUCGCAGUAGAUUCGUGCAAUAUGUAUUUUUGUUUUUCUGGUCUUAGUAUACAUGACGCAUCCCAAUCCAAGAAUAUUUUUCUUUUCAAUCAAACAACAAAAAUCACGAUAAACAAGAUACUUUCCCUUCAAAACUAUGAUAUAUUUACAGAAAAAAAGAUUUAUUUUUAUAACUAAUUAUAUAUCCUUACUUGGUUGUGCUAAUAAACGAAAAGCGCGGAGCAUACUUAACAUAUUGUAGCUCGGUAAUAACAUUCCAAAUGUUAACAAUUUUUAUUUUUUAAAAGCAAGUAUGUAAUUUUCAAGUUUUUAAAUUUCUUUUUCUCACAUUGAAAUAUGACAUUUAUUUUGAUAAUGGCCAAUAUUAAAAAGUUCGAUUUUCAAAAUUAAAAAUUAAAUUAUACAUGAAAGUGAGAAUUUUUAAGAAUUCUUAAGAGUACUAAAGCGAAUCUAAAAUAAAGUGGCAGCACCGUGUGGAUUCAUUACUCGCCUACAACGUGUUAAGUGAAAAUCAAGAUAGAAACUAACACAACUAAUUAUAGCAAUACAUAGCAAACGCGAUCUUUUGUACACUUAUACUUUUUCCGAUGAUAAUAUCUUUACUGCCGUCUCUUCGCACUGGGACUAUAAAUAUCGCGAAGUGAGAUGAAUGGUAAUAUCAUAAACUUUUGUAUAAUACACACGGGCAUCCACAUAUUACAUUCAUGCCAGCUGCUGUUAAUAAUUAUCAUUAAGAAAUUCUUUUGAUAUUAAUAUUAUAUACGUAGAACGUACUUCAGUGUAGGUAUAUGCGACCGAAAGAGUCGGCCGUGCCCUAAUUAAACGAAUGCGAUGUUAUUAAUAAUCUCGAAUUAUUUUUCGAAAAUCAAAACAUCAAGAAAAUCUCAAAAUUUUAUUGUUGGUUGUAAGAGAAAAGCAUUGGUCUUUAAAAAGCAUCUUUAAUUAGAGCACCGGUUGGCACAGCGAUAUAUACGUAGAUAGUAAAUAUAUCCACGGAAUAUCCCUACGCGUAUCAUUAUCGCGCUUCCUUUCGACUACUUUGAAGGAUUCCAACUGAGCCAACUUUCCUUUAGCACGAGUUUGAAAAGGAGGUAUAAUUACGGAGUUAGUUAACAUUGGAAUUAAAGGAUUUUAUCGUAUCAGGCUUCCGCGACGUGCAUAGAACUUUGUUUCCAGAUAAUUUUAAAACGGACUUUGCCCAGUGGAUAGAAAUCAUUUAAGCUUAAUUAAGGAAAUACUUAACUUUUAAUAUUAAACAUUCUGGUGAUUAAAUCUGACAAUUAGAGAAAAUCAAAGCUUUUUUGACAUAAACUGAUAAACAAAAUUGUAAUUCGAAACUGUUGGUCAAACAAAGCAUCCUUUUUGUUAAGAAAAAAUUUAAUUCGAGUUGGUUUAUGAAACUAUAAAUAAAAAAUGUGUGGAAACCAACAAGAUAUCGAAAUUGCGUGUGUAAUUGCAUAAAAAUGCAGACACAUAGGAUCUCGUAAUACUUAACUAUAUUUUACACAACUCAAAAAUCGCUGUUGUAAAUAAUUAUGUAAAUUUCAUUGAUUAUCUCGCUCCCGUCCUAACUAUUUUAAAUAGCUUCUUUUCUUCUAUCAGCGUAAAUACUUAUAUAUCGCUUCCAUGCAUAUUUCCAUGCGUAAAAAAGGGAGUGCCACACACAAUCGUACUCUUCAUGUAAUUGUAAAUAAAUUAUAUAUAUUCACGACAUUUAUAUUAUAUAUAUAUAUAUAUAUAUAUAUAUAUAUAUAUAAUAUACAUAAAAAUAUAAUUUAACGAACGUCGCGUACUUCCAAGAUCGGCAAAAAUGUAAAAUAUUAGGCAAUCCUCGAUUUUAAUCUUAAGUAUAUAUAAAUAUAUAUAUAGCGAGUAACCAAUCAAUGUUAAUAUCCGUGUGUCCGAUAAUUUGAAAAUUUAUACUCGAGAAGUGAAAUUGUGGUGCGGAUAGGAUAAGCGCUGUACAUUAAAUGAACAUUUACACCCUUGUCAUAUAUAAAUAUGAUGCGUUAAUGCGAUAUUUUGUCUGAUAAGAGCAAUUUUGGAUAUUGAGAAUUAAUCCCAGCGUCAGUUCGACACAUCCGCGCGCUACUUUCAAAUUAACACAAUAAUUUUGCCGUAGGAUUUGAAAUGGCGUUCGCAACGAAUCACAUGCAAGGUGCAUAUUGAAGAUGUUAUAUACUUAGAAUAAAA